AUGAGCCUGCCGACAUUCAAGGAUGUCGCCGGCGGGAAGGUGUCGCCGCUUUUCGUCGCAGUCGUUGUCGCAACUUCCGUCGUCGCACUACACUGGGUGGCUAUCCGUUGGUCCAGCGCAUCCUACGGCGCUUCCGACGGCGCAUCUGGCGGCGCAGGAAACGGCGCGAGCUGGAGCGGCAGCUGGUGGUUCGGGAAGCGGGUAGAAAGCGGCGAAUGCGGCGUGAGAUGCGGAACCGGGAAGCUGAGUAAGAACAGGAGGAAGAAACGGAAGGAUCGCCGUGCAGAUGGAGGAGAAGACGAGGUCCACGUGGCAGGAGAAGAAGACAGUCAGGGAAGCGAUGACGAGGAUGAGUGGGAGGAGGAUGAAGGAGCGGAGGGAGAAGGAGACGAGAAGCCGCAGAGCGCGUUUCGUAGGGUUCUUGCGGAUAACUCAAGAGCUCCGUUUCAGCACCUGAAACGAAAUGAAGCCCCUUGUGAAGAUUCAGGAGGCAUUUCGUUUUCAGGUGCUGAAAACGAGGAUGAGGACGAGAGUGAAGAUUCAGGAGACGUACACCCAUACGGCGACGACAUUCGCCACCUUAUCCAGAAUCCUCCUCCACCCAACCACAUGUUGCCACCUGGCACCACACCACCACCACCUGUGAAUGACCCUGGUGUUGUAAUCUCAUCAGCGCUCCCUUCUCAAGCAAAAGCUUCCUCCUCCUCCUCCCCAUCCUCCUCCUCCCCAUCCUCCGCCUUCCACUGGGUAUCCACCAAGCAGCAGCUAGCGUCCCUAGCAGCUCUUCUAGAAACCCAGGACGAAUUUGCAGUGGACACAGAGCAGCACAGCCACCGCUCCUUUCUAGGCUUCACCGCUCUCAUUCAGAUCUCCACCCGAGCAGGAGAGGACUUUGUGAUCGACGCCAUUGCGCUGCACGACCACAUAGGGGACGCCCUCUGCUCCAUCUCCACCCGAGCAGGAGAGGACUUUGUGAUCGACGCCAUUGCGCUGCACGACCACAUAGGGGACGCCCUCUGCUCCAUAUCAACGCGCGAUGGCAGGGACUUUAUCAUCGACGCCAUUGCCCUGCACGACCACAUAGGGGAUGCUCUUCGCCCCGUCUUUGCCAACCCGGCCAUCACGAAGCUGUUCCACGGGGCGGACUCCGAUGUGCUCUGGCUGCAACGAGACUUCCACAUUUACACCGUCAACCUCUUUGAUACGGCACGGGCCUGCUCGGUUCUCAACAAGCCGUACCGCUCCCUCGCGUUCCUCCUGGAGCACUACUGCCACGUCAGCACCGACAAGCGCCUGCAGCUGGCCGACUGGCGCCGCCGCCCGCUGCCGCCCGCGAUGCUACAGUACGCCCGCACGGACUCGCACUACCUGCCGUACAUCGCCGGCCGGCUGCGGUGGGAACUGGUACAAGCAGACGCAGGGGGAGAGGGGGGAGACGGAGCAUCUGCAAACGGAAAGGGAGAAGCAGCAGGAGGAGGAGGAGGAGCAGCAGCAGCAGCAGCAGGAGUAGCAGCAGGAGCAGGGGGUGGAGGCAGGAGAGGGUCUAGGGCGGGGCACAGCAGUGGAUCCAAGUAUGAGGAGGCAGUGAGGAGGUCCAACGCGCUGUGCCUGCAGCUGUAUGAGAAGCCAGGGGAGAGGAGCGCCGGUGCUGCUGACAGGGGUGCAGUUGGAGAGGCCGUGAGAGAGAGGAGAGAGAGGGGGGAGGUGAUUGGAGGGAGUGCUGAGGCGGCAGCAGCAGCUGCGGCAGCACUUUUCCGCCAGCUGUUAGGCGUCUGUGGGUACGUGGGAGGUGCCGCGCUUUCAGGUGGGCCUUCAGGUGAUUCUGCUGGUUCAGGUGCUGCUGCUUCUGCGGCACCUGACGCUGCUGCCACGUCAGCGGGUCAGAAGACGUCGGAUCGGUCCCAGGUGUUACGGGAAGUGAGGGCCGUGCUUGAUGCGGUUACCAGAUGGCGUGACACUGUAGCACGGGAAGAAGACGAAAGCCUGCGGUUCCUCCUUGCUGAUGUGGCAGUGGUCGCCGUGGCGCUCCUACGGCCUGCCACGUGUCAAGAGUUGAUUGGGUGCGUGGGAAAGGCUAUGGCAGCCGCUGCUGCUCUCACGCCGCCCUCUUUGCGAGAAGAGGCCGGCGUUCCUCGGCCCAUUCAAGGAGAGGGCAAUGGAGGGGAGAGUGGAACAUUAGAGUCAACAGAAGGAGUUACCUCGUCAGCAGUAGCGGAACAACAAGCUAUUCCAUCUCAGCCCGCCUCCCCUUCCCCCUCGCCUCCUCUCGUCCGUCGAUCUCCUGAGCUGGUCGCGCUGAUCACCGCCACGUGUCUCGAUGUGAGAGGUGGCGAAGUGAUUUUAAGUAACACUGGUACAAGUGAUGGCAGGGAGGAAGACAGGGUGGCAGCGGCAGCAGUGCAAGCCAGAUUUGCUGAGAUCUCGUUUCUCCUGGCCCCGGUGGUCAUUCAGCAGAGGGCGCCAGCAGCAGUGCAGGAGGCGUGGCUAGAAGAAGCAGUCGCUCUCACUGCUGCUGCCGCCGGCCUCCCAGAAGACGACGAAAACGAAUUUUACAUCCAAUCCAAGUCCAACCGCUGCGUCUCCUGUGGGGAAUCCACCCACUACCUGCGCUACCGCCUCGUGCCCUCCUGCUACCGCCACGCGUUCCCCGAGCAUCUGAAGUCGCACCGGAGCCAUGAUAUUGUGCUGCUGUGCGUUGAUUGCCAUGACGUGGCACAUCGUGCGGCAGAGAUCUUCAAGAGGGAGGUGGCGCGGAGGUUCGGGGUUCCGUUGCUGCUGUCGCCGCUGGAUCGGAGGUUCGGCGGAGGGUCGGAUGAGGGCGGGGGGGAGGAGGGGGGAGAAGGGGCGGGGGAGGGGGGGAGUGUAAGUGGGGAUGGGGCUGGGAGGGAGAAGGGAGAAGGUGGGGAGGAGGAGGGGGGUGGGCAGAUGGAGGGUGCGGGGAGUGGGAGUGGUGAGCGGAAAGGGGGAAGGGAUGCGAGAGUGAAAGCAGCGUUUCUUUUAAACGAUGCUGCCCAGUCAGCAGUGGCGGUUUUACGACACGGGGCGUCGCUGCCCGAAAGCAGACUCUGCGAGCUGCUGCUGCCCGUGUGGAAAGUUUUGAAGCGGGCAGCGGGCAGCCCGGUGAAAAUAGAGGAGCUGGAGAUGGUGGUGCAGGCGGGGAAGGGGACCAGAGUGCGGGCAGGAAAAAGAAAAGGGCUGCCCGUUGUGGGCCAAAGGGAGGUUCUACAGAAAGCCUUAGCUAGCCUGGGUGGAGGGGGAGGGGGAGAGGGAGGAGAGAGAGAGGGGGAUGGGGUAAAGGAGGAUGUGCAAGCCGAGGGAGCAGGUGACUUAAAUGAGGUCAAGGGGGUGGAUGCUGGUGCGAGUGAGGGAGUGAGUGAGAAAGUGAGUGAGGGAGUGAGCGACCAAUCUGGCAAGACUGAAGAGGAGGUUACCCUGGGACUAGCAGCACCUGACCUCACCGCACUCAACCUCUCUGCAACCCCCACGAUCGAGCCAGUCCCUUUGCGUGGCCACUGGGAGCACGGAACAAAGGUUGUAGCGCUGCUGCUGGAGGGGGGCGGGGAGGCGGGGAUAAGGGAGUUCACGCAGCAGUGGCGCGAGGUGUUUGUGGCGGCACUACAGCCGCGCUUCCUGCCGCCCGGAUGGGACGUGCAGCACCUGGGGAGACGGCAGUUUGGGGAGUUUUCCGUUUAUAACCCUCAGAGGAGGAGGUAUGUGAAGGAUGGAGGGGAUGAGGGAGGGAAGGUGAAGGAGGGAGGAGAGGGAGGAGUUGAGGGAAGAUUAGAGGGAGGUGAAGGGGAAGAGGAGGGGCUUUAA